AUGGCGAUGACGAAGUAUGAUAUCUGUUUCACUCAACUGUCAAGAUAUGCUCCUAACUUGAGGCAAACAGCAGAAAGUGACCAUGGUUAUGUGAGACAAGUGGAGACUACCCUGCUUAAAACAACAAAGACUAAGAAGAAUGCUAAUGGUGACAAAGGCAAGGGUGUGACCUCAUCAUCCCAUGGUAGAUCGACACAACCAACUAAUAAAAGUAAAGGUCAAACACAUGUAUUUGCUUUGACACAGCAAGAUGCUAAGGCUUUCAAUGUAGUGGUCACAAGUACACUUCCUAUAUGUGGUACCGAAGCACUAGUUCUAUUUGAUCCUGGAUCCACACAUUCCUUUAUGUCCCCAUACUUUGUGCCAAAACUAAAUCGAUUUUUUAGCAACAUAGAGGAGCCUUUGAUUGUGACCAUUCCCUUAGAAGAGACAUUUGUGGCGGAGUAUGUCUAUAAAUCCUAUGUGGUUCGUAUUAAGGACAAUGAUACGUUAACAGACUUGGUAUUGUUGUUAACUUUGGACUUUGAUGUGAUUUUGGGCAUGGACUAG